AGAACCCACCGAGACUUGAGCGCUCUCUCUGUCUCUCUGCGCUCCUUUCGCUUGUUUUUCGUUUUCUUUCGGGCGGACUCCAUCACCACCUCGAAGAGUUCUUUCGGUUUUUUUAAUUUCUCUUUUGGAUAUCUCGAUUCUGUUCUGCCUUUUUUUUUCUAGUACUAAUAUUUUCUUUGUUCGUAACCAAUGGAUAAAGAUUCGUGAAGUGAAUUCCUAUCAAGAAGAUUACGUGGUGUAUUUCUUUUGGUCGAAUAGAUGAAAGUUGACCAACUGUAUACAAGUUUUUGUUUUUUAGGGAAAAAAAUUGGUGCGUUUUCAUGUCUUCCCAUAGAGUAGUUGCCUGUUUCUAUCUGGUUCUAUGGAAAUCUGAAUAAUCUAGCACCACAUCCUUGUUGGUGACAUGGUGUUCGGUGCUGAUGCCAAGUUUCGCGCGAAACAGGAAAGGGUCACCAGUCUUUAAUAAAGUAUAUAUCAUUUUGGGGAACCAAGACGGAAAUCAGAUUACUGUUUCUUGGAUUCCUCUUGCUAUAAUAUAGUGGCAGGCCGUAUCUUUUGGCAGCUCGUAUGAUCAUCUUUGUAAUUCUAAUAACUAGAAUUUAAUACAAGGUGUUAGUACGUAAAUGAUUGCGUUAUAGGUUAGAACAUAGCCUACAUAGGAGAAGAAACUCGGUUAAUGGAAAACCCUCGUUGACGGCCAACAAGAACAAACCACAAAGGUUCGAGUGAUGAUACUGAACUAGCAUGGUUUUGUCCUCGAAUGCUACAUUUAUGGGAUGCAAUAUGCCAGAGAGGAUCAAUUGCUCUCGUAGAUUGCGCUCAGCUGCUCAAGAGAGUUCCUCUGCAGCUUAGUCAUCUCUCCCUUGAAGAAAAUAUUUUUAAGAUGUUUUGUGCAAGUGAUGCCAAGGUACUUGCUAGUUUAAUGCAUUGCCAGACUCAGGAAGUAAUAGUGAUCUGCGGAGGCUCUUCCUAUGUAAUUGAGACUGAAGACCUGAAACUAUAGUUUGCACAAACGUAUCUGCGAGUUGGGCAAUCAAUAAAUAGUAAGCAAUAUGGAACCAUGCUUGUCUUUGCAGCACUCAUGAAUUACAUUUUUCUCCUUGCUAUUGAGAAAGCUAUGCAUGUGUGGUUGUAUUUUCAGUAGAAAUGAUAGGAAAAUUGAGAAGAACGUUAAAAACUAGUGGAAUUCCAGUGUUAAGGCUUUGAAAGAUUGAAUAAAAGUGAAUCAGAGGUUGGCUUCAUCAUGGUCAAGCCCAAACACAUGCAUUCUAUCUCUUCUUUGACUGUGUCUGACCUGUUACAGACUGAAAAGAGGCAGUGUCUGAGUUGUGGCCAUCAUAAACUAAUACUCAUCACUGUUAAUAUAUGUAGACCAUUGACAUGAAUAACAUCAUGCUCCAGUUGCUUCCACUUGUAUCACAGGCAUAAUAAAUAAGCUUUGAUCUGUUAUAUUUAUGCUGGUCAAUUUUAGAAGCUAUGGAAGGCAAGAUUUUGAUCAAUGUCUUCCAUUACUUUCUCCUUUUCUUGCCUUUAUAUUUCUAUUUAGAUUUCUAAUGUCAAUAUAUUUUUUGUUAUUUUCUCAGUCACUAUAGAACCAUCUCUUCUUUUUCUUCUUUGAAUAUAACUAAGUUCUUUUUUCAAGUUAUGAAAUAUACUCUUGUAACAAAAUAUAGCUUGUUUGAACCUUUCUUUUUUAAUUACUUCUCCUGCUGAAACUAGUAGUGGUUGCAAUAUUGAUAAUCAUGAACAUGCUUUGGUCAAUAGUCUUAAACUCUUUGUUCUAAUAACUCAUGAUUAGCCUUGUUUGGCAUAUUUUUGAUAUAUUUGAUUUAUGCUCUUUAUAUCUUUUCCACUUCUCAUAAUGAUGCACUUUUUCCAGUAAGUUGCAUAGGUCUUAUCAUCUCAAUUAGUACAAGAAAUAUCAAAGUAAUAUUGAUGCAUAUAAUUGUGAGCACGCAGUGUCGAACACGUAGCAUGAAGGACUGGAUAUAAGAUGGCAAUCUAAGAAUGGACUGGGUGUUAAUUUUUUCUUUAUUAAUUUUAUUUUCUUUUACUUAGUAAUAGAGAUCGACAGUUAGCUCCGAUUGAUGCAUAUCCAAUAAAGUCAUUACAUGAAAGUAUAUUUUAAUGUUCCUGUUGUGUAUAAUGUUGUAAAAAUUCCAAAGAACUUAGCAUUUUUCAUUUCUAGUUUUUCUGACUUCUUCUUUGUCUUAGGCAUAUAGUCUGUGAUUUUUUUCCCCUAAAAUUUAACAGGGGUGAUUACUGAUGGCCUGAUAGUGCCUUCUUCUGAAUGUGGAAAGGGAUUGAGGCUCCAAAAAAUUUUAUUUCUGCUCAAAUGAAAUAUGAAACAACUUUAUAAUACAGGAAUUUCUGGAAUCGUGUCCUCAUCUUUACCUGUUCUGCCCAUUUCUCUGGAAGAGAAGUAUCUCAAACUGCUGGAUUCUCAACAGGUUACAAUGGAAAGGGAACUGAGAAGUGAUCCAAUGGCACCGCUUCAUACUCCAUAUGUAAAAAACAAUGGGGUUGCCGAACCUUUUUUCUCAACAGCUUCAGGGUUCUCUUUGGAUGUUCAUUGCACUUCCGUUCCACCCUAUGAGAGGCAGCCUGUUUCUGCUUCGUAUAUUUCUCAACCAUCAAGCAGUGCUUUGUCUUUGUCUUCAACAUAUUCCUCAUAUUCAGGAACAUGUCAACCUUCCAUGAGUAAUUAUCCCAAAGAGUCUGCUGAAAUUACCUGGUAUUCGGAUUCACUUCAGGGAGUUCUUGAUUAUUCUGAUAAUGUCAAUACUGUGAAUGAUCAAAUCCAAAGCAACUGUGUUAUGACGUCUGACAACCUUAUAAAGCAAAAUGAAUGGCCAGAUCUGACAGAUUUAAUGAAUGGUGAUUGGGGGGAGUUCCUGGAUAACAGAGAUGCAACUGAACCUCAGCCAAAGGCAUCUGACUUGCAUGUUGUAUAUCCAGCAGCACAGGCAUCUACAGAUUCUUCAGCUUACCAUUCACAGAUCUAUGAAUCAGUUCAUUCUCAUUCUGGUGAGCAAUGUGCUGUCGGUAGUCUCUCUUCUUCUGCCAAUGCUGCUCCAGCCAAGCAACGCAUGCGGUGGACCCCAGAACUCCAUGAAUGCUUUGUAGAAGCUGUUAACAAGCUUGGUGGUAGUGAAAAAGCAACCCCUAAAGGUGUGCUGAAGCUAAUGAAUGUUGAGGGCUUGACCAUAUACCAUGUCAAAAGCCACCUGCAGAAAUACAGAACUGCUAGAUACAGGCCAGAAUCAUCUGAAGGAACAUCAGCAAAGAAGAUCACUCCACUUGAAGAAAUGCCGUCUCUAGAUUUGAAGACUGGAAUUGAAAUCACUAAAGCAUUGCGGCUCCAGAUGGAAGUCCAGAAACGACUUCAUGAACAACUUGAGAUUCAAAGGAAACUGCAGUUGCAAAUUGAAGAACAAGGAAAGUACCUUCAGAUGAUGUUCGAGAAGCAAGGCAAGGCAGGCAGUGACAAGCUCAAGGCACCAUCAAAUGAAGAAGAUCCCUCCUCCCAAUAUUCUGACCUAUCACAUAAUGUCACCAAAGAUGGGAUAUCAGAAAAAGAUCGAGCUGAAACAGAAAAUGGCCCUUCUGGUGCAAGUAUCCUAGAAGAAUGUUCGCGACAGGUAGGGGACAAGCAGAAGAUCGUUGAACCUGAUGCUGAUAUGAGAUCAAAUACGAUUAGGUCUCAUUCCUCACCUCACAAGCGUGCGAGGAGCCAUGAUGCAGAUGUGUCAUCCGCUACAUCAGCAUUUUACUAACGAAAUCAUGCUCUGAUGUCUUGUGAAUAAAGCAAGUUUAGUACAAUCAGGAUUUCAAGAUGACUUGACUUGCAGAAGUUGACCUGUACCAGUGAUUGUUGAUGAAGUGCUUUCUUCAUAUUUUGAUAAAUAACAAGGGCUAGGAUUUAAAGCUUGAGUUUACUAUCUAAAAUUUCAUGUUUCAGAUCUGUUGAAGCAAUGAAUAGCUUUUGGGAGCAAGUUUUUUAAGGCAGAAAUGCUGUUACUUGAAAGAGAGAUUUAUUGUAUGAACCGCUGACUUACUCUGUCAAAUUUCCUCUGAGAAGGUUACUUUGAUAGUAUGGAUCCCUUACAAGGCCGCAUUCGUACU